CUUUCACGCUCGCGCCUGCCAUUGAUUCUAGCAUUUCGGAAGAUUCUAGAUUAAACAUGUGAUCGAUCUCUAUGUUUUGUUUCCUGGUUAACAUAACAAACGGAUCACAAAAAUCUUUUCAUUUGUCCCAAAUCUCAAUUAUGCAAAAUCCUUGGUCCCCAUGAGCGAUAACUGGAUGGGGUGGUGAAAACUGGUUUCUUCAGCCAGUUUUUCUGUCCAAAAAUGCUGCAGAAACUGUCUUUGAUGGCUUCUCAUGGUUACCCUUCAGGUCUUCUCUUACAUCAAGAACUGGGCUUGCCUGGCAGCUAUAUGAAGGGUUGUCAAACAUUAUUGCCUUCUCCAGUAGCUAAACCAGACAUGAUCAGAUAUCAAUCUCCUUGUCUUAAGCCAAAUCUAUGUGAGGAGUUAACGAAAAUCCGAAGUGAUUGCUUUGAUUGCAAUCAGUUUGUCAAUGCUGACUUCUCAACUCAAAGGCCUGUGCUUCUUGAUGUCCAAGCCCCUUGCUCUGAAGCAUUACUUUUUGGCUUUGGUAUUGUUGAAAAAUGCACUAAGCAUGAUCAAGUUUUAAACUUCCUAAUGUCUGGGACUGCUGAAACUGGGAUUGGUGGAGCAAAUUUAUCAUUAUUAUCGGACUUGAUGAGAUUACAGUUGUCAGGCAUGGAUGAUCCUCAGCAACCAUUGGCAUCUUUUAUCUACCCAUAUAGCAAAUUCGACAUCCAGAAGUCUUUGCUGUAUUUUGCUCAGGAUCCAGCCCUUAGUUCAAAGAUUACAGUUCUUCCAGAUGGUCAAAUCACGUUUAUGGGUACUGGGAUUGAGAUGAAAGAUCUUCUUUCUGUAGUUGCUGAGUCAUACUUGACAAAAACCUUACAUAAGGGCGAAAAACACUCGGUGCUUGUCCCUCACUUCAUUAGGGUGAAUAUCAAUGAAGCAGGGAGCAAAAGUCAUUCCUCCACCUCAAAUUUCCAAUCUACCUUAACUGCUCCGUUUAGCAGUCCUGAUAAAGUCAAACUCAAACCAUCACAAAAAAAGAACAAGAAAAUCAGCAGAGGGAGGGAUCUCUACAAGAAGAACUAUUCACAAGCAUGUGAGAUUCUUCUGUCCAUGAUGUUUGACAAGAAACAACGCCGGAAAACAGCAAUCCCUUUGCUGAAGAAAUGUGGCCCUGAGCUUUCUGAGCUCCUGACACAGUUUUCCGCUGCCAUCGCCGGGACUGGCCUCGCUGUCCUCCUAUCUGUAUUCUGUGAGCUAGCUUGUGGAAGGGUUCAUCUCUGUGCAUCUAACGUGUUCAGCACUGGGUUAGGAUUUGGGUUGGUUUGGCUUUCUUGGGCUGUAGUUAAGCUCAGGGCCACAAUUACCAGCAUCAGCAAAAAUGCAGGUAAGUUGAGUUUUAAAGAUGAGGACAUGAUUCAGAAACUGGAUAGGAGCAUCAGAGAUAUUUACUUCAGCGCUGCAGCGUUGCUAGCGGUGGCGGUGCUGAGACUUGCCUGAGUAACAUCUCCAAGUUUGUAUCUUUCAGAAGUGUUAAUGCUAUGUAGCUAACUGGGUAUGAUCAUGUUAUAUCUGGUUGGUUGGUUGUGUAGAGACAUGGUUUUUGAUGAAGCAAAGUUUCAGAAAAGUUCCACCAUAAAAUCUUCAGGGCACCAAGUUGAUGAACAGAACUUUUGUUGAUUUCCUAGUUUCAAUUUAACCCAGGCAGCAUUGCUUGGUGUUAGUUUAUAGUACAAUUUUGUCAUGGAAUUAAUGAACUGAUUUUUUUUUGU